CGAGCCGGCUUCGAGGUGGACGACGGUGACGGCGCACCUCACCUCGUACGGUGCUGCCUUGCCCGCCAGAACAUAGUGUUCCUCCUCCCCCCGAGAUCCGCCCUCCUCGCCUUCCAUAGAGCGCCGUCUAGACGCGCAUGACCUCUAGAUACGCCAUGCUCAACAUUGCACCCUCCAACUACCUCCCCGGGCUGGUCCCGGUUCCGCCCCCCUCCUCCGUCCUCGACUCGCUCUCGCGUCUCGCCGCCGCCUACGCCACGCCACCUUCCACCCUCGUCGACUUGCGCCCUUCCGUGUACGCCUACAGCGCGCCGGGCACGAGCGCGCAUGACGCGAGCGAGGACGAGGACGAGGCCGGCGACGCGUUCGAGUUCAGCUUCGCGCGAGGGUGGCUCGAGAACGUGCUCGCGCUCGGUUCGAGGGCGCUCGCGAGGGGCGUGGACGAGACGGGAGAGUGGGAGCGAGCGGUGGACGAAGCGGCGAGGCUGCUGGCCGACUUGUCGGGCCCGUCAGCGCAGGGCUCGACGACCAAGACGUACCUCCUUCUCGAUUCUGCGCACGGCCUCUCGACGCCUCUCGCGCACCCGUACCCGACGCCGCCGCCAACCCGACCCAGCUCGACCGCCCCUUUCCUCCCGCACACCUCCCCCUCCUCCGGCCCCGCGAGCACUUCCACCGACAUCUCGUCGUCAUCCCUACGCCUCACGAUCCGGGACGGCACGCUCCUCGAAGCGUCGACUGGCCACCGCACGUGGGGCUCGGCCUCGAUCCUCGCGCACCUCCUCGCCGCCUCGCCCUCGCGCUUCUUUAGCUCUAUCUCGCCCUCUCCUCCCACGCCCUCGCCUCCUCUACGUGUCCUCGAGCUCGGCAGCGGCACCGGCCUCGUCGGCCUCGCGGCUGCCGCCGUCCUGAGCCGGCUCGGCGUCGGCGCGCGAGGAGGAGCCGAGGUCGUCCUCUCGGACGGCGGCGACGAGCCCCAGGCUGUCCUCGACAACCUGCGCGGCAAUGUCGACGCUAACGCGGCCGCGAUCGGUGACGGCGUGCACGUGCGCGUCGAGCGGCUCGACUGGGGCGACUACGUGCCUCGGGGCAACGGGCCGGCGCCGCUCGAGCAGGUCUCGCCGGCGUCGAGUGCGGCCGAGCGCUUCGAAAUCCUCCUCGGGACCGACCUCGUCUACGAGCGCGGCCAGGCGUCGCUCCUGCACGCCGCCGCCGCCGGCCUACUGCGCUUCCCUUCCCCCUCGUCCUCCUCGUCGACCACCUCGCGCCCGACGUUCUGGCUCGCCCUCCCGAUCCGCCCGACACACGCCGACGAGACGGCCGAGGUCGCCGAGCUCUUUCCCUCUCGCUUUUCGGCGGCGGUCGCGACGCCGGCGGCGCAGUUGCGCCGCACCGACCCGGAGACGGGCAAGACGUACCGCCUCGUCGCGGUCGAGCGGGAGGAGCUCCUCGGGCCGUCGGGCUUCGUGUCGUCGGGCAGGACGGGCAGGGGUGGAGCGGCGGCCAUGGGCGAGCUGCGGUACUGCGUGCUGAGGAUCGAGUGGGACGAGGUGCGGUGAGGGCUCGAGCGGCGAGAGGAACAGCAACGAUAGAGCGUUGGGCGUGUUGUUAUCAUCGUGUCCUGCAU